AAACUUUAUUCAGAAAAGAGUGGAAAUUUAUGAAGUGAUAUUACUUAUAAAGUGGAAUUAGAUGAGUUAAAGUAUGCUUAUUUCUGCGCUAGAAUCAGUUAUAUACCGAUUUGUUAUUCAUAUUUACUCUUUAUGAUAUCCUAAUUGUAACAUGUAGGUAAAUUACUUUACCUGUAAUUUAAAUGGAUAAAUGUUGUUAUGGUGAGCAUGCGCGUUCCAUACAUCUCACAUUUUUUAACUCUGUAAUUUCACUAUCUGCGACAAUAUGAACAUGGAAUACAGCAAAUAUUGGGCGACAGUUAUACGUUAAAUUAGAGUUCUUAUUACACGUAUUAAAAACCAUACGACUAAAAUGACUGCAAUCAAGGCUACAGAAACAUCAAAAAUAGGAGUGCAAGUUCAGUCGAUCAAGAAUUUACAAACCAUAUUUUUGAUCUGCGUUGGAGUUAUAUGUGUGUUUAUACUAACAGGAAUACAAAGCGGCAUACAACAGCCAAUUGUUGAUCACUCUUUCACAAAAAAUAGUAAUUUGUACGUCACAUCCAAUGAUGAGGGAACAUCAGAAGUAGUAAGGGAGCGACGCGACGACUUGUUCUUGGAGUACAUGAAUGCAAUUGGAACACUUGAGAGAAUGCAGAUAAAUAAAAAAACCAAGCGUUUACCGGAUAUAAUUGGUAUUGGCGCAGAGAAAUGCGGAACGGAGGCUCUUAGGCAAUUAUUAUCAAGUCAUCCGUUGAUAAAAUCACCAGACAAGGAAUCAAAUUUUUUUGGAGGUCAUAAUUAUGAUUUAGGACCGGAUUAUUACAGAGAUCUCAUGCCAAAAGUAUCUCCAUACGAAUUAAUCUUUGAAAAGACUUCAGAAUAUUUUGUUCAAGGCGUAUGGACACCGUAUCAUAUGCAUAAAAUCCUGCCAGAUGCCAAACUCAUUUUGGUUCUAUGCGAUCCUGCAAACAGAACAUAUUCAGAUUAUGUACAAGAGAUUAGCAAUGGUAAAGUGGAGAGUACGACAAGUUUCGAUGAGCUUAUGGGAAAUCUCCUAACUUCGUAUUUGUCAAGUUUGAAUUAUCAAAAAGACGACGAUGAUAAUCAGAUCCAAUACAUUUCCAAAAUUAGAAAGAAACAUCCUGCUUCGGAUAUUCUAACCACGGGAAUGUAUUACUAUCAUUUAUUAAAGUGGUACAAGUACUACAACACGAGUGAAAUUCAUAUUGUGGAUGGCGAAGAACUGAUGCACAAUCCAGCAAAAGUAGUCAAAGAGCUCCAGGCAUUUCUUGGUAUUCCGGAGUUCUUAUUACCAGAUGAUAUAACUCAGGGCCCAGAUGGAUUUUACUGCUUCUCUCCGCCGUUUGUUGUUAAUAUUCAAGGCAAAUUGAGAGUCAAUACAACCAAGCCAAAGUGCUUAGACAGGGAUACUAAAGAGGUGGCAGCAAAUACCAAUCACGGCACACCAUAUCUCGAAGCUAUGAAAAAAAUUAAACGAUUUUAUUUACCAUUCAACCAGAAACUUUUUGAGUUAUUGGGUAAAAAAUUUCAUUGGUAGAAAGUUGUAUAACUAUCUACGAGAAAGUUUUGCAUCCCGCCCCGAUAUGUUGCUCAGUCAAAUAAAUUAAAUUAUUUUUAAUACGGAGUGUUUCAAAAGUCCUGGAUCACGCUUUGUCGAAUUCUAUGGAGAUCCAUCAACACAACGAAAGUAACAAGCAAUUGCUCCGUGGUAAUCCAACCACUUUUUAAUUACAUGUAAUCAGUGGCGUGUCAAACUUUUCUGCUGCCCGGGGCGAGUUUCUGAUAAUGCUGCCCCUUAUACCUUACACCAAAAAUAAUUCAUGGUACAAACAAAUUAUAGAUGCUGUUAUACGUGGGAAUACAUAUAUUAAAGGUCAAGUGUAAGUAAAAUGUUUCUAAUAUUAUUAUUUAAUUCACCAAACUCACCCCUAUGACGUUCUGCCCGCGGCGGCCGCCCUUUGGCCCCCUCUAGACACGCCACCACAUGUAAUCAUAUGUUAUUUGCAGGAGAUCGUACCGUUUAAGAAGUUUGAGAUAUAAACAUUGAUAAAGUAUUACCAUGCCCUGCUUGGUAACCGGACGAGGGUCCAAUAUCCGUCUGAUCGGUUUACCAGAGAAGAAUAUAUAUAUAUAUAUAUAUGUAAGAAUAAACGUAUGUCCAGUUUUAUAUUAAACCUGGACUUUUCUUGACAAAUGAGUGUAUUAUUAAUUAUAUAUUCACUUUUUGUGUGAACUAUUUACCUCAUUAGCGAUUAUUCAAUCCAUUCAAAUACUCAGCGAUGUGGCGCGUCGUGCUAAGCGUCAGGAAUACACUUGCCAUCGAACCUCUUAUUACCGUGUUCGCAUCCUGUGGUGAUAAUUAUGCGCGUAAGGAUUGCUGGUCUUCUCGCCGUCGCAGGGUGAUUCACGUAAUCGCCUGUCGGUGAUGGCUUCCCAACAAUCUAUAGAUUCUCUAAGUUCAUCUGAAAAUAAAUACCUUGCUAACUAAUCCCACACCCAUAAUGAACUGGUAACCGGGCGAGAGUCCCUGGUGCGUCAUGUAUUCAAACCGUCUAUUCCGCUUUUUCCCCGCAGGAUAAUAUGUAAAUCCUACCCCACCCUUUAACAGCUAUACACUGUCGAUGGUUUUGCACGAAAGGCCUAUUUUAAAGGCCUGUGAGUUUAUAUUGAGUCAAAUCGAAUGGGUAACUGACUCCAGUGGAGUCAUAUGUGUAUGCGAGAUAAAUAUUCUUAAACUAUAUGCGAUCUAAUAAUUGAAUAUAGUUUGGAAUGUUGGAAUCUGCUGUAUUUAUUGGCACACUGUUAUAAUUACAUAUGUUAUGUAUGCAUGAAAUUGUUCAUUGCACAAAAUUUCUAGUUGGUUAUUUUUUUAAUAAAAAAAAAAUGAGCGAAUUCUUUAAAACGUUUCUUUUCAUUUUACUAAUAUGUGACCUCAACAAUGUUAUUUCGACAGAAUAAAAGUGAAUACAGCAAUAAUGGUAUUAUUCGUAGAUUCAUGAAGCCUUAUGUUUAUGUUACAGCGACUAUUAUUUUUCAAACUAUUAAAAAGUACAUUGCAUCCCGGACAUCAUUUGCCUUAGUAACCUACAUUUAUAGGAUCCAUGUAGAUUAACAAAGAAGGAUACGAAGAGUGUUAUCAUGCGCAUCAAAACUGAAAAUUGGAUAUCUGAUCACCCGUAUGCACUCUCUAAUACUGCUAUUUACUGUUGCAAUUCAGCCGUCCUGUAAACAGUAGUCGAUUUACGCAGUGGCAGCAACAAUUAUCGGAUUCUUAAACAUUA